GCCUGUCGUGCAGCGUCGUCCACUUUGCCUCUGUUUCCUUGCUUCGAGAUCGUUUUGUGUGUGCGUGCGCGAUUGACGACGAUUGGUGUGUGGAAUAAGUCGGUUUUGAUGCUGACAAAACGUUUUCCCCCAGUACUUUUUAUCAUUAUCCAUUGUCUGCGGUUUCGCAACAACUCUAGCGCUGUUUGCCUUUACCACUGGCAACACCACAAACACGCAUUGCCGAACUUUGUGGCGUACACGAACACCAGCCCUAAUCGUGAGGACAAACAUCCUGGAAGAUUCCACCACCCCCGAGACCUAAGGGCAAGAAAUCUAUCCUGUACAACGGCGAAUGGCGAAUGUUGAAAGAGAAGACAACAUGUUGAAUGAGGAGCAAGAAUCAUCGCAAUCCAACAGUAGCAAUGGCUCGAGUAGUGUGGUGCAGCCGUCCAGCUUCCAGCUGAAAUCAAGCGUCCUACGACAGUCCACCUUUGGCGGGUCAUCGUUUCUCGGUGGCGGUGGCGGUGGUGGUGGAUCAUCUUCGAGCAACAGCAUAUCAUCGUCCCCUUCGCUCGCCGGGUCCGUCGGUGGUACCGGUGGCAGCUUGAGCAACAGCUUUAACCUGAAACCGAGCGUGCUUAAACCAUCACAGCUUACCUUUGGCGGAAUCGGCAGUAUCAAAGAAGGCAAUGGUGCGGCAGAUAAGAAUGGCAACGACGCGGUCGGUAUAGCUUCCACAAAUCCCUUCCUGAAGAUGCAGUUUAGCGAAGAGGAACCAUCGGAAUCGGACGCUAAAGGCAGCUCGGCGGAAAGUAGCAAAUCGGGCACCGAAAAUCGGGACGGUGCCGGUGACAGUAACGCAAACAGCAGCAACAAUAUCGAUCCGUUGGCAAAGCUAAAGAGUGCCUCCCUGCCAAAAUCGAAUCUGUUCGCGAACGUAAAAAAAUCGACGCUCAGUGAAGCUUCGUGCGGUUUCGUGUUCGGUCAGAACGUGCACGAACGUGUGACGGGAGAAAAUCUGAACAACGCCACCAGUGGCAACAAUCUACCGACCACCGGCUUCUCGUUCGCUACAAGUGUUGCGGCCACGUCGGGAGAAAGUGGUGCGGCUGGCGGUGGCACGGUUAAUGCGGCUAGCUCAGGACCGAACGCAACAGGAACCACACCCGGAAACAAGGAAGGAUCAGAUUCAUCCGACGGUAGCAGCCGGGAGCCAAAGGAUCGCGAAAGUCUGGAAGAAGCGGCCCGCCGGUAUGAGGAAAGUCGGGGUGCUCUGAAGCGCAAGUAUGAGGAGGUGGAAACGAUCACAGGCGAGGAGGAUGAGCGGAAUGUGGUCGAAAUCAAUUGCAAGCUGUUUGCGUUUGCCAAGUCCAACUGGGAGGAACGUGGCCACGGUACGCUGAGACUUAACGACAAAGACAACAAUGAAUCUCGCGUCGUGUUUCGACAGUCCGGAAAUCUGCGUGUUUUGAUCAAUACUAAGGUAUGGUCCGGCAUGGUCGCACAACAACCGAGUCAAAAAAGUCUACGUCUAACAGCGAUCGACAGCUCUGGACAGAUAAAAGUAUUUCUUGUGAUGUCCCGUCCAGAUGUGAUUACGAAACUCCACAAAGAGCUGUCGAAGCGCAUCGAAACGGCAAAACAAACGGCCGAGUUGGAAGCGGCCAAGGAAAACAAAGACGACAACAAACCACCCGUCAUUCCGAUCGAUCCCGCCAGCAUAGACGGAGCGGAUGUGGAGGACGAUGGUUCUACCAUACCGGUGCCGGUGGACACGGAAAGUCUAGCUACCAGCGUCGACGCGGAGGAACCGUGUCCGAAGAAACGGUCCAGCAUAACGUCAUCACCGCCUUCCUCUUAAA